CUUACGUCACUUACUACAAUUAUCUUUAAGGCCCAGUCACGUCACUCAAACUUGAGCUAUUCGCCAUUGAUCAGCACAGAGGAAAGCCGCUAGAUUUUGCUAACAAAAACUACAUUCUAAAAGUUCAUUUUCCAAUUAUUUGUUGAUCUUUAACACGACUAGUGCCACCAUGGCUGAUAAGAUGGAUAUGUCUUUGGAUGACAUUAUUCAACAAAGUAAGAAAGGUGGAGGUGGCCGCGGAAAUCGAGGAGGCCGCGGCCCGAGGAUCAUCGGGUCGAGGUGGGAGUGGAGGCCGACCCGGUGGAGCUGGCUCUCUGAGGCCGGACCGGCGGAUCCGGGCCCAUGAGGAGUCGACAGAACUUCAGCGGAGACAGAAGCGACAGCAGACCCACGCCAUACAGCAGGGUAGGAACACGGAGGAUCACAGAAAAAGGAGGAAUGGCAGAGGCGACGACGACGAAUGUUACAUAAUUUAGCCGAUCUUGUUAAAAUGUGCUGCUACACAUACCAGGUAGUUCGCAAAGUUGCUGAUGGAUGUGGAAUUAUCAACGGGAAGUGCGCUAUAGGGCACAACCCAAAGAAGAAACCACUGUUCAGAAACGUUUAUUCCUUUGAUAAUGACGUACAAAGUCGUGUUUGUGGGCCCAUGGUCUACAUUGCAUUUCCCCGCUUCAGGUCAAACAGUUGCCAGCCAGCACUAUUGAAUGUUACUGAUGUUCAUGUCCCAAGUUUCUGGGAGUGAACGUUAACUAGCUAGCUAACAACAUGUUGUUCAUCCUCGUGGGCCACAUCAAAACGGAGCUGAUCUGCAUUCAUAAGCUAGCUAGCCAACACUUGUUUGUGUAGUUUGAAUGCAGCUGGCCCAGAUAUUCACCUUUGGUCUUCAAAACGUGUACCUCGUGGGUGUUUUGGUAGUCCACAAAUUCUUAAUCUCAUUUGUCGGCCCUAAAUUUAAAGUCCCAGAUUUGUCAAAUUAUCAAGAAUUGGACUGUUUACGCAACGAAGCUAACAAAAUGGCGACACUCAAAAUGGAUGUUCAGUCAACUGGGCCACCAUUCCUGUGCCACAUUGAGUUUUUCUUUGUUUCAUACUUUUGACCCAGACUGCAAAGCACAACACACCCAAAGAACUUUAUUGAACUUUCCAUGGUCGGUUAAGGGAGCAUGACAAAAUGACUUUCACACGUUUUGAAGGAAGGAUUUUUCUUUGGACUUUUUCUACACUUGGAGGAGUUGAAGAAGAAUCUGGAUGUGGUCCUUGCCAUCGAGUUCAAGUCUGUUUUUUGUUGUUUUGUUGCCUACACUGCCAUUCUAAUUACCUACACAACCUUCAAACCAUCUGUAGGGCAGGAGCCAUUUUGACUUUGAAGUCCUGCCAUCCGUCCUACUAGCUUAGUUUUGGUUCUUUAUUUCCUAUAUUAAUUUAGUUGUUUUUAUUAAGUAAUAUGUGUGCUGUUACACUGACCAUAAAUCCACCAUAGACCAAUGUAUCUAAAUGAUAGUGAUGAUGCAAGAUUCUCCUGCCUGCCUAAGCAACUGACUCAAAUGUGCUCAGUCUGAUCAGCAGGAGCAGGGGAACCAGAAGUCAGCAGAUGCAUUUUCUCAUUGUACCUUUACAGCCCAGAGAGUUGCCGGACAAAUGGCAACACGACAUGUUCGAAGGUGGCUUCGGCGGUAAUGCUGGCGGUGGUGGGGGAGCUGGAGGUGGCGGUGUGGAGACUGGCGGCAAGCUCCUGGUCUCAAACCUUGACUUCGGUGUCUCUGACGCCGAUAUCCAGGUAAUUUCUACAGUCAAUUGAUAGAAAGAUGUCUGCCUAUUCACCAAACCGUUUUGACGUUAAACAUUAAUUGUACCGGCCAUGUUUCUUAUUGUGUUUGUAAUGUUUUUUUCAGGAGUUGUUCGCGGAAUUUGGUACAUUGAAGAAAGCGGCUGUUCACUAUGACCGGUCUGGCCGCAGCCAGGGAACCGCUGACGUCCACUUUGAGAGGAGGGCUGAUGCACUCAAAGCCAUGAAACAGUACAACAAUGUACCUCUCGAUGGUGAGCUUUAAUUGGAAUUAGUUGAUUAAUAUUGUUUUGAAGCUUGUUUGUCAUAAAAUAAUAAUGUAGUAAUUGAUUAACCCUUCUGAACAAAGAUGCCUAAUCUUGUUUUCCCUUUGCUCACAGGCCGCGCCAUGAGCAUUCAGCACGUCACGUCACAAAUCGAUACCCAGAGACGACCUUCACAGAGGUAUGUGAUGAUUCUAUAAUAUUUUUUUCCUUGUCAUGUACGAUUGAUGUAAAAAAUUUAAAAAUGUCUAGUGAUUACCAGUUGUUACUCAUUGAUUCUUUGAACCUGUUUGCAGUUCAAAUGGAGGCAGUGGUGGAUUCAACAGAGACAGAAUUGGACGCCCCAAUUUCACAGACAGGCGGGGAGGUGGAGACAGGCGGGGUGGCGGAGGCUCCAGGGGCAGGGGUAGAGGUGGACGUGGUGGUGGCAAACCGCAGCAGUUGUCUGCUGAAGAGCUGGAUGCCCAGUUGGAUGCUUACAAUGCCAAGGUAAAUGCAUGAAAGUAUAGGCAUGUCAAUUCUUCAAUGUAAGUGACUUGAUCUUUGUAGCUGGAAUUUGGUCCUAAUUUUCACUUGUUUUUAAUUGCAGAUGGAGACCAGUUAGAAUUCCCAGAAGCACU